AUGGUCCAGCUUCAUCAUGCGCCGCUAUUUGUGGUGCUAAUCCUACUUUGCAUCCUGGUUAUUCCCUCGUGGACCCGGGACUCCUGCCUCCACGAUGGCUGCUCCUUCUCUGAGAAAGAUGUGCUGCUCAACGCGUGGGACUUUCACGAGUCGCGGGUGGUGCGAGCAUUGGCCGGCGCCAAGCUGGUCGUGAACACGACGCUGCUGGCAUGCAAGACGUGCGACAUGUCGGCCAUGGUGAUCACCAGCGACCAGCUGCGGCAGUUGAAAGAGCUGGACAUGGCCAACGCCACGAAAGCCAACGCUCCCUUCCUUGAGCACGACGUCAAUUUCUUCACCCACAUCACUCAGACGCGCCAGUUCACGAUCUACUUCCAGAAGCACGGAGGCGACUACGUCAUCGCCUUCUACCUCAACCCGACCCCCGAGAACACCUCCGUAUCCGUCCAGUUCGAAUACGACGUUGUAUUCGAUUACGGUACUACGUGUGCCACUGGCUAUGUGGGCGGCAUGUUCGGCGUGUUCCUGAUUGCGGUCUCCAUCUUCGCCUGCGGGCUGAUCAUCACCAGCCACUUCCGGCGCGAGGUCGCCGUCAAGGCCCAGAACGCGCUCGAGCAGCUGACCGAGCGGCACGAGCGGCAGCUGACCAAGUACCAGGAGGAGAAGCGGCUGCGCGAGCGCAAGGAGCGGGCCUGGUGGUUCAACGCGCCGUUCGUGCCCUGCUGCUACCGCCACUGCCAGUGCUGCGGCAUCAUGACCCAGCCCAAGUACCCCUUCUUCCCCCACCACUGGCUCUUCACCCACGACUGGCUCUCCUUCAUCCGACCAGCGCCAGAUGAGCGGCUGAACAGGUGGAACAAGCUGCUGGUGAUCCUGACCAAGGUCGUCGCAGGCAUCAUCCUGCUGACCCUGUGGAUCUGGCCCAUCAUCCCCGCAUCGUCGGUCAUCUCCGCGACCUCCCUCCCCGCCGCCUGGAAGGAGAUCCUCGCCGAGAUGUUCACCAAGUCGUUCGUGAUUUGGGUGGUGGAGGAGCUGAUCGGCAUCUUCUACCCCUGGCUCCUGCUCAAGGCCCAGACCAAGGGCAACCAGAGGCACGCACACGCACACGCACACGCACACGCACAGCCCUGGGUCGUUGCUGGUGCUGACGUCACAAACAGGAACGAGAUCACGAUCGGCGGGACGACGUACGAGGUCGAGGACCCGGCGCGACGUCCGCCCAGGUGGCGGUCGACGCUGAACCUGGUGCUGCGGGAGCUGGGCUCCUUCGUGCUGCUGGUGAUGGUCUUCCUGCUCCUGCUCUCGCUCUACCGCGUGCGGGACUACCUCAGCUGCCGCUAUGUCGACAGCGUCGUCAUCCAGAUCUUCGUCCUCGAGUUCUACCGCCUCGUCUUCCCCGGCAUUCUGGCGAGCUGGGUGGUGUACAUGAUCAGAAACACGUGGGGCGUGCCGCCGCCGGCGCCGGAUGUGCCGAUCGAGGACGCCGAUGCGCAUGCCUACGCCAAUGCCGAGGACUACGAGCCCACCAACAGCCUCGUCAACGCCGACCCCGGCGACACCCGCGAACUCUCCUUCUGA